AUGCCCAAGAACAAGGGAAAGGGAGGUAAAAACCGACGUAGGGGUAAGAACGAGAACGACAACGAAAAGCGCGAACUCGUCUUCAAGGAGGAAGGCCAAGAAUACGCCCAAGUCGUCAAGAUGCUUGGAAACGGUCGUCUAGAAGCCCAGUGCUUCGACGGCGCCCGUCGUCUCGCCCAUAUCCGCGGCAAGCUGAGGAAGAAGGUCUGGAUCAACCAGGGCGACAUCAUUCUCCUGUCGCUGCGAGACUACCAAGACGAGAAGGGUGAUGUGAUCAUGAAGUACUCUGCCGACGAAGCCCGUUCAUUAAAAGCCUACGGCGAGCUCCCGGAAAACGCAAAGAUCAACGAGACAGACACCUACGGCGACCAAGGCGACGAGGGUAUCGGUUUCGAGUUCGACGAGGAUCGCGACGACAGCGACUCGGACGAGGCCGACGGUACCGGCAAGAAGGAGAUUGACAUUGACGACAUUUGA